CGCAUGGCUAUUCAAAAUGCCACUGGUCCGAAAUGUGCUUUGUUUGUACCUGAGGUUCCAUUUGAAGUUCUUAUAAGAAGGCAGAUUGGUUGUUUACUAGAUCCAAGCCUCCAGUGUGAAAAAUUCAUCUAUGAUGAAUUGAUUAAGUCGAGCCAUCACAGCCUAGCUAAUGAGCUUCAUCGAUAUCCUGUUCUGCGGAAGUGCAUGGAUGAGGUAAUUGGAAAUUUCUUGCGAGAAAGACUUCAGCCACCAGAAAUAAUGAUAACCCACCUAAUUGAAAUGGAGAUGGAUUGUAUAAACACUUUACAUCCAAAUUUUGUUGGAGGAAGUAAGGCUGUGGAGAUUGCACAGCAACAAGUCAAGGCCUCAAAACCAGCGGCAUCAAUUUCUAGACCCAAGGAUGGUUUAGAUG